UCCUCGAAACCCCAAACACGCGCACUCUCUCUCUCUCUCUCUCUCUCUCUCUCUCUCUCAUGUCUCCACUCCAAUCUCCCUCUCUCCCCAUUUCUCCGCCAUGCUUCGCCUCCGCGAGGUAUCAAACCCCCCAUGAAACCCUCGUCGUGGACUCUUCUGUGGAGAAUCGGAAGCUCCUUAGUCCCCAAUCCCGUCGAGGUAAUCGAGCUCCUCUCCCAAUUGUAUCUUUCUUUGUUAGAUUACAAAGUAGUAGACGAGUUCGUAGAUUUCGCACGAUUAGGUUGAAUAGUAGAUUACCCACUAGAUCGGAAGCGGAAUUAGUUGAUUUUGUCGAGGGGGCUAGUGGUAGGUUCCCCUCCGUGGAAACACAAGAGGAGGCAAAUGAUGUUGUAGGUUUCAGUUUGGGGAAUAAUGGUGAAUUUCCUAAAAAGGAUGAUAAUGGUGGUUGCGAGGAGAAUGGUGUGUUGCCCAGUUUGGUUAAAGAAGGUCUUAGCAUGCCCAAAAAAGAAAGUUUUGAUUUUGAUGACCAAAAUGGUGAUUUGGGCAUUAGCAGGGGUGGAGAUGCCGGCGGUGUUGUAAUGUCCAAGGAGCAGGGUAAUUUGAUUACCAAUGAGUUGGGUUUAGAUUCCUGCAGAAGAAGUGGCUGCUUGCUAGAUGAUAAUGUUAUGAAGAGCAUUAGAAGAUUACCGAUUGAAGAGUGCGUUAAAAUUCUCGAUCUCGUGCAGUGCGAUGGUAACAGUUUGACAAUUUCUGAUUAUAAUGAUAUAUUAGUAGCUCUAGUGAAAGCCAGAGAAUUAGAUUCUGCUGUGGACCUGUUCUCUACUCUCGAGUCGCAUGAUAUAUCGUUGGACACUUUUUCCUACUCGAUUAUGGUUCAGUGUUGGUGUAAGAAGAAUGAGCCCGAUGAAGCGAGACGGGUCCUGGAUGAGAUGAUGCAAAGAGGGUUUAAUCCAAAUGUUAUAACUUUCACUAAUCUAGUCAACUGUUUGUGCAAGAGGGGGAGAGUGACAAAAGCUUUUGAAGUGUUUGAAAUUAUGAGCCGUAUUGGUUGCGAGCCCACAAUUUGGACCUACAAUUGCCUAAUCGGUGGGCUUUGUUAUGUGGGUAGGUUGGAGGAAGCACUUGAAUUGUUGAAGAAGAUCAAGAAUUCUUCGAAAAAACCAGAUAUCUAUACCUUUACAUUAGUUAUUGACGGAUUCUGUAAAGUCAGUAGAUCAGAUGAGGCUAUGGAUCUGCUCAAAGAAGCUGAGCGAACGGGUAUCGUGCCGACUGUAGUUACGUAUAAUGCCCUACUAAAUGGUUAUUGCAAAGAAAACCGGCCUCUUGAAGCUCUUCAUCUCCUAAAAGAUAUGCAACAAGCUAUAGGAUGCAAACCAGACUUAAUUAGUUAUAGUAUUGUCUUACAGGGCCUAUUGAGAGUGGGGGAGAUUUCUUCAGCUUGGAAAACAUUUAAGAAAAUGAAUGAGGUUGGUUUCGAGGCAGAUAAGCGCGCGAUGAACACACUCCUUAGAGGUCUGUGUAAGCAGUCUAUGACUAACAAUGAAGUGCUAAAAGAUGCUAAGGAGCUUUUUAAGAAGAUUCAGGAAGUGUCCUAUGGGCCUUCCCCUUACACUUAUUGCUUGAUGAUUCAAGCUCUUGCUAAAGGAGGUGAGAUUGAUGAGGCAGUGGCACACUUGCAUGAGAUGAUGAAGGAGGGGUAUUCUCCAAGAAUAAUGACGUAUAAUGUCGUCCUUCGAGUUUUGUGUGACGAAGGGAGGGUAUACGAAGCAUUAGAUCUUUUACUUGAUAUGAUUACAAGAGAUGUGAUUCCCAGCAGGUUUUCGUUUAGCAUAGUGCUCAAUGAGUUCUGCCGGCAGGGACAAAUGCUGGAUGCUUAUUCAGUAUAUGCUGCUGCGAUUAAACGGGGUGUAAUCCCGUAUUGGAAACGGAAAGAUGAGAGGAAGGAUAAUAAAGAAUCUGAUCAAACAUUAGAUAAAGAAGUAGAAGAAAUUGCCAACUAAGAACUAUUCUUAUCCGCAGCCACAAGUUCCAUGACUCAUCAAACCAUGUAGCUCAUUCGGUGUCGGAAUCGAGUAUUAUUUGUGCAAAAGAAGUGUAUUGUUGCUUCGAAUGUUCACAAAGAAACAACAUUUUGCAUUGAUGAUGCCGUCACGAGCUUGUUAGUCCUUGAUUUAAACUGAAUGAGUGUGUCAAUUGUGUUGAUGCCAGGAGCCAGAACUGAAUCUAACAAGAAGAAUGAUUUUAAACACCAAUGUGAUCGACCAUUCAAAGUAUUAAAAAGCUCUUGCCUUGGUAUUGCCAUGAGUUUUAGAUUAUCAAGUUUAGAUGAUCCUGGACUGGAAGCAUCUCGAAAUUCAAAUGUAUACAAUGUUUUUCAAUGAUAGUUAGAUAAAUUGUAUAUUGACAUGGAAAUUCCCCUGAAUCAGAGAGACUCUGUGUAUAAUAAUAUAAUUAUGAGUAGCAUAAUUGAGAGUUA